UUGCGCCGUCCAUCUUUGCAUCCGCAGCCUACCGCCUGUUGUGAGCCUUGAAGGUGGUCACGCGACCAACGUUGACCUCACCACUACUGGUCCAAGAUGCGAUUCAUCACACGAUUGCACGUCUGCGCAGCGGCCGCACUGGUCACGAUAUUGUAUUUCAGCUGGAGGCGACCCUCAACCGCCUAUCUGAAAGACAAUCUGCAAAGGGUGUGGAAGAAUAGCCCCCGCCGCGUAGUGGUCUUCGGUGAUGACUGGUCCGAUACGGGCGAGUAUCGGAUGUUUCCACCACCCAAAGGAUCGACCCGAGACAGGAACGCAGCUCAGGGGGACAUUUGGGUAGAGACCCUCUGCAAAGAGCUGACCUGCGACUGGGUGGACAACUUUGCACGCUCUGUCCCUGACAACGUGGGAUUGGAGGCGGUCGGAUCCAUGGUCGACUCAAACAUCUUCCUUGAUGUGACCAGUGAAUCGAGAAAGGAGACACUCGCUGUGUUCGACUUCAAGACGCAAGUGCAACACUUCAUCGAGUUCGACAAGAAGAAGUGGAGAUUGCCAGGAAGACACACAGCUGACGAGCAGACCGUUUUCACCGUCCUGUUCGGCACCUGGGACUUGCUGCAGUUCUCUCCUCUGGACAAGGAUGCUGCCAUCCGUGCCAUAGACCGCAGUGUGAAGGAGCUUUUCCACAACCUCGAUAUCCUCGCCGAUCACGUCGGCACGCUCAAGGUUACAGUACCCAAUCUAAUGGAUGUGACAUUUCUCCCACGCUAUUCCGACAGGAAGAACGAGUCAGCCACCGAGUUUGCGCAGGAUCAACAUCAAGCCGUGUUUCUCUGGUCUUAUUGGAACACGGCGCUGUCUCAAGCAGCCUCGGAAUGGGCAAGGGGCGACGUGUUUGUGCCAAACGUCCACGACAUCAUCAUGGAAGAAGUCCGUGCAAAACAGAUGUUCACCAACAGAAUUGCCGAUGCCAAAGGGAACGGGAGACAGGAACCGCUCUUCGAAGAGGUUGAGAAGCCGUGUCUAGUACAAGAUCCGAAUGCUCAGAAUCUGCAAGCAGCCGCGCACCCGUGCACUGACCCUAGCACACAUCUAUUCUGGGACGACAUGCACCUUAGCGGGCCUGCUCAUGAACUAAUCGGGAAGGAAGCCGCACGACUGGUACGCGGUAACGAAGCUGUCAACAGUGACGCCCGGCAACGAGCAAAGCUGCAGUCUGCUACCGACAAGAAAAGCGAAGGCGACAAGGGCGCUAACUUUGACCUUAAAUUUCCCCCGGGAUAUUGAUGGCUUACGCUGAACCGCUGUUCGACAGUGGACCAUACAGCGCCCUCUCCGGGCGCCUGCUUGACAGCCGGAGGGUUGCAUUCCGAGGAUCAGCAGUGGCAUGGUGGUCCCGGAGACCGAUCGUAAGCCUGCUUGUGCGCCAUUGUGGAGCUCCAAGCAUUGUCGCUCCCUUGCGUUUCUGCGCUGGAAUGUCUCAGCGGUCGGCAGCGUGCGGUCUUGGCCGCUUCUGGCAGAUCGAUGAACAAAGAACAUGGC